AUGUCUGCGGACAACCCUCCAGUCCCAGGGGAUGCGCUGGACCUUCCACCUCGCGCCUUACGCGACGUCCUCCGCGUAUGUCUCAGCGCCAAAGAAUACCGAUUCCUCCAUGAAUCAGUGGUCAGACGCGCCCCUACCAUCCAAAACAAGCUCCCAUCUCCAUCUCGCUACGAUGUCAUCGCUCGCCCAAAGAAUCGACACAGUGAAGCCGCUAUUCGCUCAUCGCUGCGAGUCUUUGUCGGCUCCGGAAUCGCGUUGAAGUUGGCGGAUCUGUUGAUUACUCGGUUCCAAGGCGCUUCACAGAAAAAGACCCGAACGCCCCUCUUCCGAUCUCCCAAAUUCCGUCUCUCCAUCUCUCUCUCUCUUCUCCUUCUUAUCCAUCGCCUCCUCUACCGCUUCCUCGUCCGAUUGCGAGCGAACCUCCGCACCGACGAUGCAAAGCCAUUCAGAGAGCGCAACCCGUAUGUCUCGCAGGCGCUGACCUCGCGCUUUGCGCCAGCGAUCGGCGCAAGUCUGGCUGGUUUCGCGCUAGGCAUCUGUCCGCAGGACCAGCUCCGAUUGACUGCGGCGAUUUACACAGGCACCAGAAGCUUGGAGUUCUUGUUCAAUGUCCUGGACUCGAAAGGCUGGCUGGAUAGGCGCCCGUGGUGGUUCGGCAGCUGGCUGUUGAUGCCGAUCUCGUUUGCCCAGCUCUUCCAUGCUUUCGUGUUUGAUCGUGAGACUACGCCUAAUUGGUUUGGAAAAGUCAUUUUUAGGCUCUCGCCGAGCUACAUUCAAGGCCGACCGGAGUCGCUUCCGGUCAACAUCGCCUGGCCCGAGAAAGAAGAGAUUGUGAACUCUCUUGCCUCCAUUGCUGAUCUCCGCUGGCCGGCAUUCGUUUCUCCAAUUCUACACCCUGGUGAUCUCAACACCUUGCCGUCAUCAGUAGCUUCCAUCUCUCCAAUCACUGGACCAGCACACCCUGCAAUCACAAGUCUAUCAUGCGCUCUCUUGCACCCUAAGCUCCCGAACUGUAGCACGGCGUUCUUGCACCACAUUCUCCUCUCCGUGCCGCCGCUUGCGCGAUUCUUAACGACCAUCACUCUGGCGCUUUCAAUCCCCAAAUUCAAGAGUAUUCUGCUUCAGCCUAUUUCGUCAGUGAAUACUAUUUCGAAGCGUAUUAUCACCAUGACAGCGGUUAUCUCUGCUGCAAUUGGCUCAGCCUGGGGUAGUGUCUGUCUCCUGAACCACAACUUGCCCCGCACAACGCUUCCUACCAAGCGAUUCUUCCUUAGUGGGGCACUGGGCGGUCUGCCAUUCUUGUUCCUGGGAAACAGUCGCAGCACAUUCCUCUGGUUCUUCCGGGUCGCUGUUGAUUCGGCGUACAAGACCGGGGUCAAGCGUGGACUAUGGAAGGGCCGCAAGGGCGGGGAACUAUUGUUGUUUGUUCUGUCCUGGGCGCUUAUGGGGUCAAUCCUUGAGGGGAACCCUGAAGCCGUGCAGGGUGGGGGACUACGCAAGGCUUUGACCUGGCUGAGAGGUGAUGGAUUUGCGGAUCCAGUGGAUAUUGCGAAGCGAAGAUUGCGACGGGAAUCGAAGAAAGCCGACGGCAGUGAAUUCACGAGUUGA